AUGGAGGACGACGCCGCUUUCAAUUCCGACUUGGUUUUAGAACUGUUGAACUCUCCGUCAAGGACCGUAUUCCGAACAGAAGAGGAGCGACAUCCAUGGCGAGGGCGUCGUUUAGGGCCUUUCAACAGGCCACUGCUUAGGCUCCUGGACCGCCAUUCAGGAAGCCAACCUGAUGAAAAUGGUCGUAUGAGGUCAAGAGCGAGACCUGAACGGCUUGACACCUUUAUAUCUCGACAAACUUCAUUGAACAUUCACAUCGAUCACGGCAACUGGACACCAACUCCUCAUAUCUCAUUCACAGACUCGCCUGACGAGGUCGAGCGUCUUGCAAGCUUGAGAGGGCGACGGCAUCGAGGACCCUUUACUCUGACCGUUAUCGACCCAGACGAACGUAUUCGAAAGGGUCUACCCGUACUUAACGUCGGUCGCGAGAUGGAGGAAUACAACGUCCGUGACCCUUACAUCAAUGUUGGAUAUAGCCAUCACUAUAUUUGCUUGUGGGAGGUCACACCCGGUGAGGUCGUAGGUCAUUGGAAGUGGGAGGCCAUUGUCAUGAAUGAAAAUUGGUAUGAAGAGAUAAUCAUACCGGCCUUCUCACGUGCUCAGCAGGCGAGGGCGGCUAGGAACUUGUUGAAUCUCUUUGACUGCCUUUCUCUCUCAAACGAUCCGACCGAUCCAAGCAAUCUCUUCCAUGAGGAGCGGGAGUCACCAAGCGAAGAAAAGAACUCGUCUAGGACUUCGAUGACGAACUUGUCAAUGAACACGACCAUUCCGAAGACGCACUCAACUCUCUCGCGGAUAUCAAUAGGCCAAGGUACUGCUGAUGAGCGGAAGAGGCUAACAUCCUGCGAUGAUAUGAUCAAGAUGCGGGAAGAGAUUGGUAAGAAACAGAAAGUCCUUCACUGCCUCCAUUAA